AUGUUCUUUUUCGAGCCAAUGGUCUUCACAAUUGCCUUAUAUGCCUCUCUGGUUUACGGGCUGCUGUUCUUGGCUCUUGAAGUCUUUCCUAUUGUCUUUAGAGAAAUACGCCAUUUGAGCAUGAUCGUCUCUACACUUCCGACUUUGGGUCUACUAGUUGGCGUAAUUUUUGCGCUGAUAGUAAAUCUCGUCAAUCAGCCGCUUUAUGCGCGUGCUGUUCAAAAAAACAAUGGCAAGGCGGUUCCAGAGGCGCGUUUACCUCCAAUGAUAAUUGGAGGCUGUCUCUUUUCGAUUGGUCUGUUUUGGUUUGGAUGGACUGCAAAUCCGAGCAUCCCAUGGGAGUCACCUACAGUUGCUGCCGGAUUCAUUGGUGCCGGCUUCAAUAUUGUCUUCCAACAGUGCCUCAACUUCUUGGUAGAUACGUAUGGUCAGUAUGCUGCAAGUGCCAUUGCAGCAAAUAAUCUCCUUCGUUGCUUAAUGGCUUGUGGAAUGCCAUUGGCAGCGAGACCCAUGUUUUUGGGACUGGGGAUCGGACCCGCCUCAAGUAUACUUGGUGGAAUAUCUCUUCUGGCAUUGCCCGUCCCUUUUUUGUUCAUAAAAUAUAGUCGUGUGCUUCGCAAAAGAUCAGAGUUCGCCGCUUUGUGA